AUGAUUGUAGAUGUUCCUAAACACUCUCUAUUAGACAUAAUACACCUCAUUUAUCCCACUCUACAGGAGAACGGCGAGACACUUUCGGAUGCUACUUUAGCAGAGCUCACAGAAUCCGCCGACCGUCUAGCUCUUCUUCUCCUGGAUGACAUUACCGUGAAAUCAGAUGACAAGAAGGCGCUUAGAGAGCACAGAUCAUCGGUCGGUGGCAACUACUUUAGUACCUCUCCCUACAUCCGCCAUCUGUUCUUCUCUCUUGCUACUAAAAGCACGUUAUAUGAUAAGAGCACCAAAGCCCACACUGAACUCGGCGCGCUCCUCUAUCUCUAUGCUCUACUCACUUUUGCCUCCGGCAGAACAAAAGAUAAUCACGAACGGAAACGUUCCUUUGUUCGGGGGCUAGUACCCUGUGUGCUGAGCUCUCAAAUUUCAGGGAGCAACGUCUUUCUAGCAUCAUUUUGUGAGUUGGCACUCACAGUCAAUAGCCACAUCGAGCCUUAUACCCUUCUUAGAGCACGAGCCUCCAUCUCUGCAGUACAGACAUCCAUGCUUCUUCUGCAAAGCCUGCAAACUAGCGGUAUGUUCGCCGCAUACAUUGCUACGAUACCUCCAUCCGUGUCCCUCUGCAUAGAGCUUCUGUUCUCGUGCUGGAAAAGCAUAACAAGUAUUCAGGAACGUCGUUCAAUGCAGUUAGACCAGUUUGCAACAGCAGAGCUACUUGAGUACACGCUGUCAUUCUUGCCCGCACCAUCGCCACAAGCUCUCAAACUCUUCUUAGACACAUAUAUAGGUUGGUCCAUGCUCAAUAGCAGGAGCUCUGUUGAUGAGACCCUACUCGUCCACUACCUUUCGUUCUAUUCUGAAGCAGCCAAACGCAGCUUCCAGGAGAUAGAUGACAGCCCUUCGCUAUCAUGCUUGCUUCAGUUUCUUAUACCGACUAUCUUAACGGGACACCACUCACUCUCACACGAUAUUCUUAUUAUUACGCUGAGAAACUUCACUUCAGCUCUCUCACAGAUCACUACUCUUGCCAUCUCUUCUCCGAUUAACGCUCAGAGGUGUGCUGAUUCUGCCAAAGCUGUUAUUUGUCGUAGCAACAACAUUGCACCAAUCUUUGUCAACUCGCUUUUGCUUAUAGAGGACGUUGAAAACGCACUUCCACAACUAGUUUAUGGAGUAACCCUGCUCCUUCUUUAUGCCCUAUUGGAUUGGGAUGACUUGUCUAGGCCAGAGCUUCUGUGUUUAGAGGCCUAUAACCUGAGUAUGCAUACGCAUUUACGGAUCCGUCCCUUAGGUACUCGUUUCCUGUCAGAGCUGUAUCCGCAGAUUAUACGUUUUUACAUCUGGAUGUGGCAUGUGCGGAUUGUUGCAGACGAUGUUUACCAACUAAUAGAUGUUGAUCUCCCACAAAACAUCGGCUCCAAUGUCGUAUGCGUGGACGAGCUCAAUGCAAGAGAAAUUUACACACAAUGGUUUGAAAGACUUCCCGUCCUGGAUGAUCUUCUAACACUGAAGCAUUCUGAAUGCUCUAGGGACAUGGAGCGUGAGGAGCUCGACCUCAUAGGAGGGGCACAACUAGGACUUUUGAUGCUUCGACGGUCAAUCGAGGCGGCUUUGCGGUCAAUUACGCCAGCAUUUAAAUACUACGUGCGUCGGCAGAAUCUUCUCACUAAACGAAACGUUGCUUUAUUGGGUUGCUUAACUAAAAUAUCCAAUUAA